UUUCAGUUUCUUUUGGGCCGUCCCGAGCGCGAGACCAACGACUCGCUGCCGCCGCCGCCGCCGUGCGCUGUGUGCAUUAUACGCGACCGCGUGAAAGUUCGCGAGCUGUGUAUACAUAUAUCUGUAUGGAUGUGGUCGCCGGCGUUCGAUUUUCCUUCUCUUUGAUCGCGAGUGAUUCAGUCGCAUUUGAGGAUAGACUAUUAAGGAUUCGUCCUAUGGGAGAUUACCGGAGAGCUGUGCACCGGAGAGAUUAGAAGAUCAUGCGCCGGAUCGUCGCUAAGAGUCGAAGAAGCCCGAAAUCGACGAGUCGAGGUGUAAUCGAGGAGGUGGUAGGCUGAUUAUGCUGCUGCCUUGGCAGCUGGCCCCCGACGAAUCGCGGCCUAGGACAGACCAAUGCAGCGCUCUUGCUGACAAGAGGGUACUUGCGCGCGUAGCUGUGGAGAGUGAGGGCAAUCUAUUGGCUCCUCAUGCUCGGCCCCGCCAAGCGAGCGGCUACGGCACCGCAGCUGUCGAGCUCCUCGUCGCCGGCUUCCUCGCCCGAGAGCUUCAAGGAGCCGAGGCCCAAGAUCGGCAUCGUCGAUGGGAGGAAGUUUGACGGGACGCCGACUUUCGGCGUUUUGCCCCACGAGCUGCCGGAAUGGAUCGAAACGGACUCGAUAGACGGCGAGGUCUCGCGGCUGGUGUCGGCCCGUCAGUCCGGCAAGUCCCGUCGCUGUUGUCGGAACUCGACGAGCUCCGGCUACUCGAGCCACUCGCCACCGCUGUCGGCCCACUCCUACGGCGUGAUCGUCGGUCCGGUCGCAGCUGCCAAGGCUCUGGCCGUAAUCCAGGAAGGCGAGAUCAUACCCCGGCCGAUUUGGCCCUCGCCGCCUGACUCUACCGGUGAACACUCCCCUGACAACGUGUCCAGUGAUGACAACGCCGAGCGCGAGCCUCAGCCCAGACCCCAGCCGAGCAUUUACGGCUCGGCGGGUUACCGUAGCAGCGUCAGCAGCGACUACGGGGGACCGGCGAGUUCGGUCUCGGCGCGGGAGGUCCUACUCGAGCUGUCCCGAACGCUGAGCUCGGUCCUCGAGGGCGACUGCGGCAAAAGCGACGAGGAGAUUCUCAGGGACAUCUCGAGGACCGUCGCCCAGGGGGUCGAUGCCAAGCCCGCUGGUAGCAGUACCGCCAGUGGACGGGCCAUCUACGAGGACAUCUACAGGAACUCCUCGUUGACGAGCAGUGGGAAGGAGUCCUCCUCGACUAUCGGAGUUAAUCCCAUCAAUUCCAGGCUCUACGGACACAGAUGCUACUGCGAGCACAAGACUUUUCUCUGCCAGAGCCAUCCGUCUUCGAGCCAGGAGACGACUCCGAAAUCGGACGGCAGGAAGAAGCCGACGAUCUUUCUGCUCCCCGACGACCACGCGCAGUCCUUCCUUUCGGCCGGCGAUAAGAAUCGGAUAAUCUGCAGCUGCAGGAGCUACAAGGAGUCCUGCAACCUCGCGCCGGACAAGCUCGGCUCCAAGAAGAAUCUCGGCAAGCAGUGCCGGAACCCCAACGACCCCAGGCAGGAGAAGGAAAUUCGCUUCAACUAUCCGUCGAUAGCCGAGCACGAAUACACCACGCUCGAAUGCAGCGACGAGAGCUCCUCGAGCGAGGCUGUGACGGACUCGGUGAACGGCAACAACACCUGGUGCAAGGACUUCCGGGGCUUCGACAGGAACCUGGACUUCACUCUGGACGGUCUGCGCGCGGAGCGACUUGGACGAGCCAUCGCCAGGGCGAAGCGGAGGCGGCAGUGGUGCCGCGUGCUCGUCGUUGUCCUAGGCUUAGUCUUCUUCAUCCUCAGCGUCGUCGUCGUCUCGCUGUCGGUCACCAAGGGACGCAAGAUCUUCGGCAGUAUGUGAAGCGCGACGAGGUCUUCUCUGAUGUCUAUUUUUUUUUUUUUUUUGUUUGUUUGUAAUUGUAUACCGUAUAAUAUGUAGGCGCCGAUAUAGCGCACGACUGUGAUGCUGCGCUCAGUGCACGUGUUUUUAAUGUCUAAGCGACGAAUAUGUCAGUCAGCGGUUUUCUUUCACACUCAUCAUGUGCGCGCAGGUGUGUCAAUUGUUUGUUUUCUUUUUCUAUACGUGAGUGUGCGAGUGGCUGUUUGCGAAGGAAGAAAAAUUUUCGUGUGCGAAACGUACUGCGAAAAAAUGUAGUGAGCUCUUUUUGUAUUCCAUUGGAUUGUCCAGUCCGUGUUUUUAUCCGAUCGUGAAGAUUUUUAUUGAAACUCUUUCGAUGUGUUGAAACGCAAUGAAUCGCCCAGUAUUGUGCGUUGAAGCGCGUCAGACUUGAUGAUUCGUGAGAUAGUAUUACUGAUUAGAUACAAUUUAGUUUAUAAUUUGUCAAUUUGAUACAAUAAAGUGACACAAUAAUAAUUAAUUUAUAAUCAGAAUCGCAAGGUUGAUGAUUAUUGCUUUAACCCGAAUUCCCUCUCUCGAUUUUUCACCGAUAAGAUUAUAAUAUAGCAGGUUAAUUAAAAAGCAAAUAACUGCGAAUACGUCAUAUAACUAUAUUGCAUCAAGUAACAAUUUACGACAUUAUUCAAUGUGAUUAAUGGCCGAAGUAAUAUUUUAAACUGUCUCGUUUUUAAGUAACAGAUCUAUUACUACGAUAUAGCACGAUUGUAAUGAAAUUAGAUGAAAAUACAAUAAUAACAUAUCAUUUAGCAUUAUUGUCAACAAUAUUUACGUAAAGCAUGGUACAGAUGCAUUCAUAACGCAAUAACGCACUUAAUACUAUUAAUAUCCUUUUCUUCCCGUGAUUAUAAUAUAUAACAAACGUAUUAUCAAAUGAUAUAACAACACUGGCAUAUAUCCUUAUUGUGUAUUUAGAAAAAAAUGCAAGCAGUACAAUAUUACUUCAUUCAUUCAUAUAUCUAUACGAUAAGUUUUGAAUUCUUCUACUUGAUGUGUGUACACUAAUUGCGGUCACUAUACUCGUAAUAUACCAUUAACUCUUCCAUUUUCAUAAGAAAAAUAAAUGCAGGACGUAGUUCUGCAAGCAAUAUAAUGGCUGUGACCAUAUGUCGACGUUUUACUGCAUUUUGUUAAGCGAAGUGUAAUCAGUAUACUGUUAGUACCUAUAAUAAAAAAAUAUGUACAAUAA